ACAGCAGUUUCUCUUUCUAUUAUAAUUCGUAAUAAACAGUAGUAAGUAGCAGUAAACUGUAAUAAUUUUAAUCAUUAUAUAUAUAUUAUUAUUAAAUAAGAAAAAAAAAUUGUUUAUCAUGUAUGAUAACUAUUUACAUAAGGAGGAUGGCAUUGUUUACGUUGAUGAAAACAUUCCUGGCCCUGAGGAUAAAACUAAUGAAUAUGUUAGUUUAAUUGAAAAAUUUGACUCUCAACUUGCACAUAACUGUGAUUGUAAUGUUAUAUGUCAAGAAGAUUUUUGUAAUUGUCUUCAAAUUUCUGGUGGUGCAAAUUAUACUUCACAUUUCGAAUCAAAAUAUCUAGAGACAUUUAAAUUAAAGGAACAGACAGGUUCUCAUUCUUUCCCAAUAAUUGAAUGCAGUAAAUAUUGUAAAUGUUCAGAAAAAUGUGGAAAUAGAAUUGUUCAAAAUGGACCGAUAGAAGCUCUGUUUGUGACAACAUGUGAAGAUAUUUCUAAAGGCUUAGGGCUAUUUACAAGCAAGUUUAUUGCUAAAGGAACAUUUGUCUGUGAAUACGCUGGAGAAGUCAUUACUAAAUCAGAAGCUUUACGUCGCCAAACAUACAAUCAAACACAUAGCAAAAUGAAUUAUAUUUUCUGUUUAAACGAACAUGUGAAUGGAAAUGUCAUCCAGACAUUCAUAGAUCCUAGUUUGUUCGGCAAUAUUGGCAGAUACAUAAACCACAGUUGCGAAUCUAAUUGUGAAAUAAUACCAGUUAGGGUGAAUUCUCCCAUACCUAAACUAGCUCUUUUUAGCUGCGUAGAUAUAUCUGUCAAUGAUGAAAUUACAUUUGAUUAUGGUUCAAGCUAUCUAAGUAAUUCGACUCAAUCUAUUUCUGAAAAUUUAAACAACAGGAAGACAUGUUUAUGUAGAAGUACAAAAUGUAGGGGGUAUAUGCCAUAUGAUGUUUAUUAGGAUUACAGUUUUUUCAAAUACAUUUUUAUAGAUAUA